AUGGCCGGUAUUCCUAAACCUGGUGAAGUAGAUUCUGCCAAUAUCCGGAGGUCGAAUGUUCAACAACUUUCGGUCGAGCAUCAGAAGAUUCUUGAUGGCGUCCAGAAGAAGAUCGGAGAAGAUAAGGAGAUCCAAAAAAUUAGAGAAGAGAAGGAGAAAGAGAUCCAGAAGCUGGAAGAAGAAGCCAUGAACCAGUACAUCUCACACUUCUCCAUCGACCGGCAAGGGAAGGUCAUGACGGAUGACGUCUUCGACGCUUCACAGUUUGAGUUCUGCCCCAACACCAACUACUCCCUGCUCGACGGCCGCAUCGGCGCCGGCAUGUCCAUCGAGUCCGCCCCCUUCUCCGUCGGCGUUUACAACUGGAUCAUCGAGUUCUACCCGGACGGGCAUUCCAUGGAGGACUGCUGCUGCUGCUGCAUGAGCGCGGCGUCCUCGUUCGUGUCCAUCUGCGACGGAGCAGUGACCGUGAACGCCAAGUACACCCUGAGCCUCGUGGACAGGGACGGCAGGGCGGCGGCGUCGUGGCUCUGGCGCCGCCGGUCGGCCACGGUGACCUACGGGUGGCCGCACCCGAGGAGCUGGGGCUUCAAGGUCUUCUACCUAAAGCCGCUCCUGCGGUUCUCGGGGUACCUCGACGACGACCGCCUCAAGAUCCGGUGCGAGCUCACCGUCUUCACGCCGCCGCGCACGGAGUACACCACGCCCGCGCCGGCCCCGCCGCCGGAGCUGCCGGGCCACCUCGAGCGCGCGCUCAGGGACGGGAGGGGCGCCGACGUGACGUUCGCCGUGGCGGGGAGGGAGUUCCGCGCGCACAGGGCCCUGCUCGCCGCGCGGUCCCCCGUCUUCGACGCCGAGCUCCUCGGCCCCAUGGCGGAGAAGGACUCCCGGCGCGCCGUGCGGAUCGAGGACAUGGAGCCGGCGGUCUUCGAGAUGCUCCUCCACUUCAUCUACACGGACUCGCCGCCGGGCAGCUUCGAGGGCUACAGCACCGCGACGGCGCAGGAUUUGCUGGUCGCUGCGGAUCUGUACGGGAUGGAGAGGCUCAAGCUGAUGUGCGCGGAGAAGCUGUGCAAGAGCAUUGAUGUGGCGACCGUCAUGGCCAUACUGGCCUUGGCGGACCAGCACCAUUGCCAAGAGCUUAAAGAAGCCUGCGUUGCGUUCAUGUCGGCGCCAAAAGUGUUGAGAGUCCUUGUGGCGCCAGACGAGUUCAAGCACCUGAUGGCGAGCUGCGCCCAGCUGGUUUCGAGGGGCAGCCUUGAAGGUGCAUCUGUCCAAAGAGAGUUGAAGUAG